GCGGAGCGAAGGGCGGCGGCGGCGGCUCGUGCUCGGACCGGGCUCUGGAUCCCGCUCGGCCGGCUGUUCCCGGCCCGGUGCGGCGCGCCCCAGCACCCCGCGUUCCCCGCACCCGCACUCGGCCCCGCGGAGGAGAGGCCAUGCCGCCGCGGCGCAGCAUCGUGGAGGUGAAGGUGCUGGACGUGCAGAAGCGGCGGGUACCCAACAAGCAUUAUGUCUACAUCAUCCGUGUCACGUGGUCCAGCGGCUCCACGGAGGCCAUUUAUCGGCGCUACAGCAAAUUCUUUGAUCUCCAGAUGCAGAUGUUGGACAAAUUUCCCAUGGAAGGAGGACAGAAGGACCCCAAACAGCGGAUUAUUCCCUUUCUUCCGGGCAAAAUUCUCUUCCGACGGAGCCACAUUCGGGACGUGGCCGUCAAACGCCUGAUACCAAUCGAUGAAUACUGUAAGGCCCUGAUCCAGCUGCCCCCCUACAUCUCUCAGUGUGAUGAGGUGCUGCAGUUCUUUGAAACAAGACCCGAGGACCUGAAUCCCCCCAAAGAGGAACAUGUUGGGAAAAAGAAACCUGGGGGCGACCUAACCUCGGUGGACCCUAUGGUCCUGGAGCAGUAUGUAGUGGUGGCAAACUACCAGAAGCAGGAAAGCUCGGAGAUCAGCCUCAGCGUGGGGCAAGUGGUAGACAUCAUCGAGAAGAACGAGUCAGGUUGGUGGUUCGUCAGCACCGCUGAAGAGCAAGGCUGGGUCCCUGCAACCUGCCUCGAAGGACAGGAUGGUGUGCAGGAUGAGUUUUCCCUACAGCCUGAAGAAGAGGAGAAGUACACAGUCAUCUACCCAUACACAGCUCGUGACCAAGAUGAAAUGAACCUGGAGAGAGGAGCUGUGGUGGAGGUCAUCCAGAAAAACCUGGAAGGCUGGUGGAAGAUCAGGUACCAGGGCAAAGAGGGCUGGGCCCCAGCCUCCUACCUAAAGAAGAGCAGCGGGGAGCCUGUACCCCCAAAGUUGGGCCCAGGCUCACCCGCCCACGCGGGCGUCCUCGAGCUGGACGGCAUCUCCCGGCAGCAGAACUCCGUGGGCCGGGAGAAGGAGCUGCUCAACAACCAGAGGGAUGGCCGGUUUGAAGGCCGCCCGGCGCCCGACAGUGACGUCAAGCAGAGAUCACCCAAGAUGAGACAGAGACCCCCUCCUCGCCGGGAUAUGACCAUACCUCGAGGUCUGCCCAAGCCUCCCAUCCCACCCCAAGUGGAGGAAGAAUAUUACACCAUUGCUGAAUUCCAGACCACCAUCCCUGACGGCAUCAGCUUCCAGGCGGGCCUGAAGGUCGAGGUGAUCGAGAAGAACGUGAGUGGCUGGUGGUACAUUCAGAUUGAAGAUAAGGAAGGCUGGGCCCCAGCGACUUUCAUCGAUAAGUAUAAGAAAACCAGCAAUGCCUCAAGACCCAACUUCCUGGCUCCCUUGCCCAAUGAGGUGACGCAGCUCCGGUUGGGAGAUGCAGCAGCAAUGGAGAACUGCACGGGCGGUGAAGCCGUCGGCCCGGCCCGGCCCCUACCCGAUGCACCACAUGGGGCUGUGGACUCCGCCAUGCCAUGGUCCAAAGACUGGAAGGGUGGUAAGGAGGUCCCAAGGAAGGCGUCUUCAGACACGUCCUCGUGUGCAGGCUACGAGGAGAUCUCGGACCCCGACCUGGAGGAGAAGCCCAGCCUCCCUCCCCGGAAAGAAUCCAUCAUCAAGUCAGAAGGGGAGCUGCUCAGAGGUUCUUCCCCCAAGCCUCCUGGCAUGAUCUUGCCAAUGAUCCCAACCAAGUACACGCCUCCAGCCCGGGACAGCAGGAGACCAGAGCCCAAACCUGACAAAAGCAAGUUGUUCCAGCUGAAAAAUGAGAUGGGGCUGGAGUGUGGCCACAAAGUAUUGGCCAAGGAAGUGAAGAAGCCCAACCUCCGGCCUGUCUCCAAAUCCAAAGCUGACCCACCGGAGGAGAAGCCGGAAGCUGUUCCCCAGAAUCCCUUCUUAAAGUCCAAACCUCAGGUUAGGCCCAAACCAGCUCCUUCCCCCAGGACAGAGCCACCUCAGGGCGAAGACCAAGUGGACAUCUGUAACCUCAGGAGCAAGCUCAGGCCUGCCAAGUCCCAAGAGAAACCCUCGUUGGACGGAGAGAGCAGCCCCCAGGCUGGGGGAGGCCAGGAUGUGGCCAGCAGCCGUGGCUUCCUCCCAGGGGAGGGGCCUGGCCGCACCCAGGACAGGACGAGCAAACAGGAUGGGCUCAGCCCAAAGGAGAUGUCCUGCAGAGCCCCUCCCAGGCCGGCCAAGACCGCAGAACCUGUGCCUAAGAAUGUGCCGGUCCCUCUCCAAGAGGCUUCCCAGCAGAGACCUGUGGUCCCUCCUCGGAGACCACCACCUCCCAAGAAAACCUCCUCGUCGUCCAGGCCCCUUCCAGAGGUCAGAGGGCCCCUUCCAGAGGUCAGAGGGCCGCAGCGGGAGCCCACCGAAGGCAAGGCAGCUCCUGUCCCAGGCCGGGCCCUGCUUGUCCCCCCAAAAGCCAAACCUUUUCUCUCCAACUCCUCAGGGGGGCAGGAUGACAUGCGAGGCAAAGGUGGGCUGGGGCCACGGAUGAUGGGCAAGAUGGGAGAAAACAAGGAGAAAGUGGCUGCAGCCCCCUUCCCCAGUGCAGACGGCCCCAAGGACUUGUAUGUGGCCAUGGCCAACUUUGAAGGAGACGAAGGUACCAGCGGCUUCCAGGAGGGGACGGUGUUCGAGGUCCGGGAAAAGAACAGCAGCGGCUGGUGGUUCUGCCAGGUGCAAAGCGGGGCCCCCUCCUGGGAAGGGUGGAUUCCUUCCAACUAUCUCAGAAAGAAGCCCUAGCCUGCUCCCUUCCUGCCUGGAAGUCCUGCACGACCCUGCCGGCUUUACCUACCUAUUUAAUAUGCCUCUUAAUUUAUCAUCCUCCACACAGCUUCAAAGGAAGGAAGACUGGAAUACUGUGGUUUCUUCCCUUCUCUGGGUGGAGAGGGAUCCCUCCCAUCACAGCGUCCCCUGGAGGCUCAGAGGCCACACCCCUUUCUCUCUACUCAGCAUCCCUGCCUUAAGGCCAGUGGCAUUGCCACCCAGCUUCCCUGCCCACCCAACAGCUGGACCAUGACUCUCUAAGGCCUCUAGGACCGGAAUCCAUCAUCUGGAGAAACUACAGGAAGGGUCUCUUGUUGCUCGGAUCAGGCAGAAUAUGGGAAGCCCCCCCAACCCCGACCCAGCACCCCACCCAGUUCAUUCAUGUCAAGCAACUUGAUUCAUUCAGUUUCCAAAAUGCCUGGUCCCAGAAAGAGCUGCAUCCUGUAGAAGUCAGCUCCGUUGCCAGUUCCAGGGAGGUGGUGUCUUCCCCGAGGCCUCAGGUCCAUGGGCCUCUCAGGUUCAAGCAGAUGCAGCUGCCCCAGGAGUGGGCCUGGAGGUCCUCCCAGCCACACUGCCUCCCUUCUGUGCUGGGACGCUGAUCAGUUCUAAAGGAAUGCUUCCAGCUCCAAGCAUGCUCCACUUUUCCUGCUGCAGGCUGUGGUCCAACCCAGGACUUUUAAACAAGAAUCCCCAGCCUGCUUUUGGGGGGGCCUUUCACUUCUGCCUACCUAGAGCAAGAAUCUCAAGGUUUGUUUGAAUAAGGGGACCGUUCACAAGCCACGCCCCUUGGGAGCUCCUCUUUGCUGAGUAGUUAGUAGGUGCCCAACUCUGUACUUGGCACUUUACAUUCAUGCUGAACCCUCACAGCAGCCCUCUCUGAUGCUAUUAUACCUGUCUUAUAGAUGAGGAAACUCGGGUUCAAUGGGCCCAAGGGCACACUAGCUGGGAAGAGGAGGAAAGAGGAUUUGCAUCCAGGCUGGCCUGACUUCCAUGCCUGUGCCCUUCGCCCUGUAAGAGGCAAACCAGGCGGGGAGAGGGAGACGCCAGCUGGCUGCCCUGGGCUGUGCAUGUGGGGGCCGGGUGGCUGCUCCCACACCCAACACUCCUCCAACCCAUUGUAGCAUCUACUGAAGGCUGCCCUGGACCCCAUAUGGUUGCUCCACACAGAGGCUGCCCAGGACCCCGGUGCUGCCACAGAGCCCUGUUUCCUGCUCCUAUGCUAGUGCCCACCCCGGGGGAUAGAACUUACGGAGCAAAGGGAGCCAAGGUGGUCUCACAUGCCAGCCUUGAGGGACCCUGGUGGCGCAAGGGCCAGCAGCUGAGUCUCCAGCAAACUGGGCAGAGUAGGCAGUAGUCCCAUAAGGAGACGGGGACCCGAGGGCCAGGCACAACCUCCUGUCUCUGCUGCUGCUUCCUGCUCCUCUCUGGCACUCGAAGAGUAGUUUUCUUUUUUUUUUUUUUUCCCAUGCACUCUCCCUCUCUGUGGUCUCACUGGAAGGAAGCCAGGGCAGCCCUUGCACCCAUUUUGACUGAUGUGCUUCACUGAGUCACGUAGAGACACAGCUACACUGGCAGGACGAGAAUCAGGACCCAGGGUUUCUGGCUUCCAGCCCAGAGCUCUUGCCUGGGGUCCAGGCUGCCUUGGGGGGCGAGAAUGCAGCACCCCUCCUCAUCCCACCCUACUCUGCAGGACAAGAGGAAGUGGCCCUCUGGCCCUGCCCCCAGAGAUCUCUGAUGCAGAGUAGUCAUCUGCCAUGCUUUUGGGACCACAAGGGCAGCUUUCCCAGGGAUGCUCGCCAUCCACCUGCAGUGCCAAAAUGUAUGUGCAAACAGCUCUCCCACUCUCCCCUACCCUCCCCACCCCUCCUCACUGCCACAUGGGCUCUGGAUGCUUCUCCCCUGAUCCACAAUCGCAUCUUUAUUCCUUCCUUCAGUAGGUCUGUAAAUCCCACACCCCGAGAGUCUUGGGACAGGGCCCUGAGGUGCCCUGCCGCACCCACUUGCCCCCAGGCCUGUUCCCAGAACCUUGGGGGGAAGGUGGCAGCCAGGGGCAGAAGGGAGAAUGGGAGAGGGCCAUCCACCCUCCAAGGUCCCCUCACUCGGGAGGAGGCCCCACAGCACGUUUUCCUGAGUUUUUGACCCAUUUUGGUUUAAACACCAUUCGUGAAGCUGUUAACGCAGGAUUUGACUACAUUUCAAAAGACAAAACUCUAAAUUUUUUUUUUCUGAUUAUCUCUCAGCUUUCAUUGACCUUUUCUAGUAUUUUGUGAGUGCCUACUAUGUACUAGGCGCUGGGUGUAGACCAGGCUGCGGGCGGCUCCGUGCCUGGCUGUGAAGAACUUUGAUUUUUGUGUGCAGAUUCCACUGAAGGCGUUUGUCUUUGGCUUCAUUUCCUCCUCCCAAGGGUCAGCUGGGUGGGAAUGGACUAAUUCCGCCUUUUUCUGGAUAGAAAAUUUUCCCUGCACAUGAAAAAGUAAUCAGCCUUUUUAUUGUUAUUAUUCUGGCAUGAACUGAAGGUACUAAAGCCACAUUUCUCUCUGUUCACUGUUCUUUCCUCAGGACACAUCUGUGGCCUGAGGACUCCUCUCUCCAGCUCCUCCUACCACGGUGAGGGCACUUCCCCAGGCAGCUGCAAGGGAUGCUCUUGAUGGCCAAUGGCUCUCCCUAGCUGUCCUCAUCUGGGGGCUUAGGUUGAUACCAUCCAGGACUGUAGCCACCAUUGUGUGCGCAUUUGAUAGAGCAGAUGCAAAAUCCCCUGGAGUCACCACCGUGGUAAAUGUCCAGGGCCAUAGGAAUAACUUUUGUGCCAGGCUCCGGGCAGGUUACCGGUGCCUACGCACACUCCCUCCUUUAAUGUCAUCCUCACUUCAACCCUGUGAGGUGCCUAGGGUCAGCCCCAAUCUGUCAUGAGAGCACUGAGGUUCAGAGGAUGAAGUCAGCGUCAUCCAAAUAUUGACCAAGCUGAGACUUGAAUCCAGUUUUUUCUCCCCAGUGCUCAUGACAUUUCCUCUGCCAUCAACAAUGAAAUGUUGAUGGUGCUUCCAGGGAAACAGGUGACCCUCCCUCUUAAUUUAGGUUUUUCCUCUCCUGACCCCACGAUCACACAUGUCAGUAGGUCACAGGCCAAAUGCCAGCCCAGAAAGGCAGUCAAGGAUGGGUUUUAUUCCUUUCCUCACCCCUGCAUACUUUCUUGGGAUGGCUAUUUUAUCUUACACCCUAGGGCAAAACUACAGCUUGUAGUCAUAACACCAAAUCUUUGGAAAAUCUGCAUUAUAGGACCACCACUUGAUAAAAUAGGCCUUUACUCAAGUUUUUUACUCAGAAUUUCUUUGCCAUUUGAUGUGUUUAUGUCCUUGCCCCGGGAUGAGACUUGGGGAGCUGGGCCGCAGCUCAAACCAUUUUUAAUGCCCUGCCCUGCCGGGAAAUUGCUAGAACCUCACCAGGCUUCCAGUAUUCAUGUUACACGUCCUCCACAAAGCCCCUCCACAUGAUUGAUUUCUUAGACAAAGUUCUUGGCCUUAAAACAUUUCUGGGCCCACGGGAUUUCCUUACCAGGUAGAAUGUAGGAAAAGAAACUUGCCAUAUUAAAGGACAGAUGCCAAAUCUCCCCAAGGUUGGAAGACCCUACUCUUAAGCUGAGGGAUGGACAGUCUAGUAUU